AUGCCGAGGAAGGAUAGGCGGUCAGCUAUCGCAUACAUCAAUGAUGAGAAAGAGCGUGAUGUCACGUUCUUCAAGCGACGUGGCGGUUUGUUUAAGAGUGUUUCUGAACUCUCUGUCUUCACCGACGCUAGGGUUGCUGUCGUCCUAGAGACGGAAAAUGAGAGGAUGCAUUCCUUUGGGAUGCCAUCUAUUGACCCCAUUGCUGAUGGUUUUCUAUCAGGAGCACCACUAGCAGUUCCACUUGCCGAUGAGGCAACAACUACCAGAGUUGCCCAGCUACAAAGUGAGGUGGCUCGGCUUGAUAUGAAUUGCAUGAAGGAGUAUAAGGAAAACCAACUCUCCAUCAAGCGUAUGAAACAAAUCCAAGAGCAGUGCCCAGGUAUGGCAGCAAACCUUAUCUUCUCGAAGGAAGAAGAUCUCAGCCCUGGAGAUCUCAACAAUCUAUCCAAUGAAGUCUCUCGUGUCCAUGAGGACAUUGGACAUCGACUGCCACAACUACAUCAUGGACACAAAGCCAUGACUGGUGGUGCAAGCAUGAUACAAAACAUGCUACCAUCAAGCGGUCCACCAUCGGAUCGCAUGAGGACUACCCCUUCACCAGUGCACUCACUAUGGGAUCACCAUCUUCUACAACACCAAAUGCCUUCAUCUCCACUUCCAUCACCACCAGGACACAUCGUGACACCAGGUUUUCCUCAGGUGCCACCAAUAUUCCAUCCCACACCAUCUGCUUUAGUGCCACAAUUGGCUUGCCAGCAAGAGACCACACCUAAUCAGGCACAUGAGCUACCUCCACCACAAGAUAUAAGCGUCAAGGAUUAUGUAAGUCCUUGCAACCCAGUGAACCCGCAACAGAAUGAUGCAAACUCUAACUCAACAUCUACGUAUAAUUUGGAGGCCUCUCCAGUGUUGGUCUACUCUGGUGGCAAUGAUUUUACCAUCAAUGGCCCAUUUGGCUAUGAAUCAUGGGGUUAUGCUCUAUUGGAUCAACCAUUCCGCAAUGAAUUUCUAGAGACGGAUGCUUCCUUGGGCUAUAAUGUUGUCGAUGUAGGGCAGUCUUCCAUGGGAAAUGGUGGAUGGGUUGAUAAGCCACCGAAAUCUUCUUCUAGCUAUAUGCUAGUUAUCACUUCAAUUAUAGUGCUAUAUUUAAAUAAAAGUUGGUUACAUUUUCAUUUGGAAAUUUGUAAUCAUUUUGACAAUUUACUAAGUCCCUUCGAGGCAAUAAUAUGCAUGUUCAAUUUUCUAGGUGUUGGACCAUGA